UGCGACGCCUUGCGGGCCGAUGGCGGUCGCAUCGACGUACUCGGGCUGGGUCAAGGAGCUCGAGGCCUUCAAGCCUGCGACGAGCGACGACGAGGAUGACGACGACGACGAGGAUGACGACGACGACGAGGAUGCCCGGGUCGAAGCGAUCGCGGCCGAGUACGCGCGCCCCCGGCGGGGCGGGCACUCGUCGCAGCUCGACGAGAUUAAGCAAGAAAUGAAGCUUCUCAAUUGGCACAAGCUCGCCAACGAAGCCGCGCUCAAGGCCGCGCUCAUCAAGACCAAAAAACUCAAGCGCGAAGACUUGCGCGUGGCAGCGAUCGUCGACGCCGACGAGCGACACGAGCGGCGGCAGCAGAUCGAAGAAGAGGAAAACAUGAAGCCGCUCGAGGUCACGACCGAGUUCAUUCGACAGUACGAAGCCGACGAGCGCCGUGAAGAAAUGCGCUUGGAAAACAAGGUGGCGCGACAUAUCAACUGCUUGCGCAAGCUCAAGGGCAUGCUGGCCGAGCGAGAAGAGCUCCGUGCGCGCCAUUUACGCUACCGCGACGGCCGCGCGGCGCUCGAGCGCAAGCUGGCGGGCGGAGGAAACCAAGAAGAAGACCAGCUUCGGGACCUCAGCCGGGGCCGAAUAACGCCGCGGGCACUGGCGCUCAGCGGGUCCGACGACGUAUCCAAAGCGCUCUCGAGCCUCGACAAGCUCGUCGAGCUCGAACGACGCAUUGCUUGCCUCGAGCAAGACGACGACGCGCGGCCGUCGACCGCCGUGUCGGUGCUGCCGUCGAAACCGGCGCUCAAAUUCGCAAAGACGUCGACGGGGCGGCCGACGGCGUACACGGUUCCGUCCAAAGCCAAGGCGAAAAAGAAGCCGCAGACGUUCUUGACGGCGGUGCCCGAGCCCAAGCCGCGCCAGCUCCAGCGCGCCGCCGAGCUCCGGCGCAUGCCCGAGCGCGACCGGCAAAAAGCAACGCGGAUGGACAAGGCGCAGGCCAGCGCCAAGGCCCAAACGCUCCAAAAAAUCAAGAUCGACCAGUGGGCGCAGAAGAAGAAGGCGGCUGCGACGACGCGCAAGGUCAACCAUGUAAAAGCCAACAUGCGUCCGACGCCCAAAGCCGCGCCCAAGACCAAAAACACACACAUGGAGCAAUUUCUACAUCUGAAGAAGUCAUUCGAGUCCAAGAAAGCAGCGCUCGCGGUGGCCAAGCCGACGCCGCCGCCCGUCGUCAAGCGACCGCCGCGCAAGAAGACGCCGUCGGUGGCGCCCGUGUCGACGCACCGACCAACGCCGCCGGUCAACGAUCGCCUCUUGCCACUCAUUCAUGCUCGGACGGCAACCGCGCCCAAGCCGCGCCCCAAGCCGUCAGUGACCGAGUUGCCAAAGCUGCAAUCCGGGAAUGGUCUGCAUUUGGAGCUCGGCAUUCAAGGGUUUCGCAAGCAGCACAGAUGAUAGAGUAGUAUGUACGACCUUGGUGAUUUUCUUGCUAACGCUCACAAGACGAUGUCCCUCGCUUGCAGU